AUGUUAAGAGACUUAAACCAACCACAAGGUGGUGAAGCAAAUGAAAUGUCAUAUGACGACAAAUAUAGACACUUCUCCAUGGCAAAGAUGAGACAAGUUUUAAAUAUUUACAAUAACCGUAAACAAAAAGGUUUGGGAAACCACUCCCCCGAAGAAAUGAAAAACAACCCUGACUUAGAGAAAGACUAUAUAUUUAAUAAUUUAGUCAAAAGAGACAAACAAGAAAGAAUGCCGGGCUUCAAACUUCAGAAAGGUGACAAAGUAAAAAUAGAAAUACCUAAACGCGACCAUAUGAAAAUACUAUUGACUAUGACAACAAUGGGAACCCGACAGGUACUCACAUUCGUGUUCGUAAAAAAUAGAAGAAAGUAUACAAGAGAAUAUUAUGAAGUUUUAGGCAAACAUGGCAAAAUGUACACACUGCAAGCAGAAGAUAAACUACUAUUGUCAGACCUCGUUUCAAACUUGUCAAAGUUCAAGGUGGUAUACUUUCAAAGACAGUUCCUAACAAAUAUAAGACAACUCCUGACGAAUAUGCUAAAGAAGUUGAAAAUGACGACUAA